AUGAGUGAUUCAGAAGAACCAGUACCCAAAAGAUCCAAACCUCAACUAUCAGAAGAUAUUUAUCUAGACACAAUUGAUCGAAAGAAAUUAGAUUUUGAUUUUGAAAAAAUUUGCAGUGUUUCAUUAAAUAAUAUAAAUAUUUAUGGAUGUCUUACAUGUGGUAAAUAUUUUCAAGGUCGUUCACCCAAUUCAGUGGCUUUUAAUCAUAGUAUUUUGGAAAAUCAUCAUGUUUUUAUAAAUUUUAAUAAUUUUAAAGUUUAUAUCUUACCGGAAAAUUAUGAAGUUAAGUCAAAUUCAUUAAAUGAUAUUAAAUAUCAAAUAUUACCAAGUUAUACACAGGAAGAUUUGAAGAAAUUUAAUGAUCCUGGGUUUAAAGCUAGGGACUUAAAUGGGAAUGAAUACGUCCCUGGAUAUGUUGGAUUAAAUAAUAUGAAAAAUAAUGAUUAUUCAAAUGUUAUAUUACAAUCCAUAUCACAUGUUUCUUUAAUAAGAGAUAAAUUAUUAUUAUCAUCUUUGGAUUCAUAUAAAGAUGAAUUAAAUAAAAGAUUUAUAAUCCUAGUUAAGAAACUAUGGUCAUCAAAAUUAUUUAAAAAUCAUAUAUCACCUCAUGAAUUAUUACAAUAUAUUUCUAUAUUAUCAAAUAAAUCAUUUGGUAUUAAUGAACAAAAAGAUCCUAAGGAUUUUUUGAUUUGGUUUUUGAAUACUUUGAAUAAGACUUUUAAAUCAGAUAAUGAUUCAAUAUUAAGUAAGGCAAUUCAAGGUAAGAUCUUAAUCCAAAAUCAAAAACCAGGUUCAAAAGAGUUUAAAGAUAUAACAACAAAAUUCUGGUUAUUAAACCUUGAAUUACCCACAGUACCAUUCUUAAAAGAUUCCAAAGGGAUACAACAAAUCCAACAAGUUAAAUUAUCAAAAUUAUUAGAUGUUUAUAAAACACAAGAAGAACAAUUAUUAUCAAAUGGAGAAAUAAGGAAAUAUAAAAUAUUAAAAUUACCAAAAUUUUUAAUCUUAAAUUUUAAUAGAUUUAAAGAUCAAAAAUUAGAUUUAAAAUUAUCAUUAAAAGAACGAAAUCAAACACUUGUUGAAUUCCCCCUUGAAAUGGAAUUCUUGGGUUUCAAGUAUAAAUUAAUUUCAAAUGUUAUUAAUCAAGUGGAAACAAAUCAAGAUCAUGAUAAAAAUCAAUGGAAAGUUCAAUUAAGACAUCAUGAUAAUUGGUUUGAAAUUGAAGAUUUAUAUGUCAAGACUAAAGAAAAGGAGUUUUUAUUCUUGAGUGAAACUUAUAUUCAAAUAUGGGAACGUAUAUAA